AUGGCGAAAUUCAUAGCUACCGUAAAAGCAAUAAUUACUCGUUUGGUGUUCGCGUCUCACGGUUUCAUUGCGAUUUGGCAAGUGACUAAUUUCAAGAAAAAUCCAUUGUACUGGUACCUGAGCUGUCCGAUAUUGUUUUUGUUCUUCGAGGGCAUAUUCACUCUGACGAUAAAAGCAAAUCAGGAGUGGAAAUGGUUCUGUCCUUCAGUAUUUUUGUACCUGGGAAGCGUGGUUCCAGCGAUUUGGCUCCUGGAAUUGGAUAAGGUAGACAAGAGAAUGAGAGCCCGUGGCACGAGUCUAAACAUCACUGAUACUUUCGAUCUAACGAAUCUCGAAGAUCUUCGACACUUGGAAAAAGCGUUUGGAGUGAACUUUCGUCUUCCGGAAAUUCAAAUAUCAACGGAGACCUGGGUGACUUUGAUCGAGCAAUUUUUAAUGUUGAUAUUGAUAAUCGGCCGUUGGAUGCUGCCGAAAGGUGACUUGACACGCGAUCAGUUGAGUCAAUUGUUGCUCGUUUAUAUCGGCACGGCUGCGGAUAUAAUAGAAUUUUUCGAUUCGUUCAAAGAGGAUAAAAUAGCGAGGGAAACAGUUCUCGUUUAUUUGACAUUGGGAAUAUGGUCUUGGUCGUUGUUGCAAUUCACGGUUGUAUUGACUGCGACGAAAUCACGAAAAUCGAGACUUUCGUCGGGUACAACAAUGAAAAAAAAAGUUCCAACUGAAACGAGUUGCUGCAGCAUCGAUGUUUGGGGAAUUGCUCUCAACAUGCUCCUCCAGGAUGGACCAUUCCUCGCUUUUCGUUUGAUCCUCAUCAUUCAUUAUCAGAUUGUCAGCUACAUGAACAUUUUUUUCACUUGUAAAAACACCCUCGUAAUAUUGCUUCAAUUGUACCGACUUUACGUCGUGCAGAGUGAAAGCAAACACAAGAGAAAGAGGCGCAAAUUGAGAAACGACGCUUAUGAAAUGCCGAGCAUAAGCAUCAUCUCGCGUGGUGAUGUUUACAAAGACACUCGUGGAAAAUCCUUCCCCGAUGAGAGACGACGAAAACACAGACGUGUUCACGACAUUGAAAUGCGAUUCUCCAACAGCGAAGACUCCACCGAAGAACUGGACCGAUACGAACUCUCACCGAGAAACCUCGAGAGAAGCAAAAGGAAGACGAGACAGGACACGGGAUACUCGACGUCGAGCUCUCGAAACUCCUCGAAAAAGGACAAAUUAAAGAAACGCGAAAGCAAAAAGAAUUCCAGUCGUCAUGAGGAGUCAACGAGAAAAGAAGAUUCCAGCGAGGAUGAUAAGCACAAUAAGAGAAAGAAAACGGAGAAAAGAUCAUCGAGCAGAAAUGACAAAAAGAAUAGCGAGAGUGGAAAAAAUUCUGUGAGAAUUCGAAAUGAAGAUGCGAGCAAGAAAAGAAACGAGAAAGAAAUUUCAGAAUCGUCGUCCAACGAAUCGACAGAAGAUCAAAGUCAAAGCGAAUCUAGCACCUCCGAAUCUGAAAAAAUGAGGCACGGUCGUCGUAAACGACGAGCGAAUAACGAUUGACAACGAAGACUCGGGAUCGUGGCAUUGAUGGUUCUUUAUCUAGCUAUCCUGGUGGUAUUUUUGUUGUUUAUUCACGCCAAUAUAAACGACGGAUUGGUAAUAAUCGCCACGAGAGAAAUCAGGAUGCAUAAUAAUUCAACAAAGAAGAAAAAUUCUUGAACUUGGUUAUUUUAACUUAUUUAUCGUUCGACUAUUGCACGGUUUAUAAACACGCGAGAUUCACCAAUACCAAUGUGAAU